AUGACGUCUCCCCUGUGCAGGGCGGCCUCUGCCAACGCUCUGCUUUCUCAGGACCAGGUUUCAACGCCCUCCAACAAAGCUAAGGGCAGCAAGACUCAGGGCAAGCAGAGCUAUUCCCGAAGCAAGGACUCAGCGCGGGCACAGGCCUGGCCCCCAUUCCGGUCCAAGGGGGGAUCUCUCCAGUCCCAUAAUGUCAAGUCUUCUGUGCAGGCACAGGUGACUGAGUUACAAAGAAAGAUCCAACUGUUAGAGGGUGACCGGAAGGCCUUUUAUGAGAGUUCCCAGUGGAACAUCAAGAAGAACCAGGACACCAUAAACCAGCUCCGGGAGGAGACAAAGGCUCUCCACUUGCAACUGACAGACCUGCUCCAGGGAGAUGAGAAAGUGAUCCAGAUGAUCAUUCAAGAAUGGAAGUCAGAGAAGCCGUACCUGAAGAACAGGACAGGCCAGCAAGCCCUGGAGCACCUGGACCACCAGCUGUGCGAGAAGGUAAAUCAGCUGAACGCUGUGCGACACCAGGUGAUUUUGAGGCAGAAGCGGCUGGAUGAGCUCCAGCUGCAGCACAGCCUGCGCCAACUGGAGAUGGCCGAGGCGCAGGAUAGCAACACGGAGGUGGCCAAGACCAUGCGGAACCUGGAGAAUCGCCUGGAAAAGGCCCGGAUGAAGGCAGAAGAGGCAGAGCACAUUACCAGCGUGUACCUGCAGCUCAAGGCCUAUCUCCAGGAGGAGAGCCUCAACUCAGAGAACCGGCUGGACACCAUGGAGGCUGAGGUGGUGAAGGCCAAACACGAGGUGGAAGAAUUGCACUUGGUGAACCAAGAGGCCCUCAACGCCCGCGAUAUCGCCAAGACCCAGCUGCAGUAUCUGGAGGAGACCGUGAUACGAGAGCGCAAGAAGCGGGAGCGACACAUUACUGAAUGCAAGAAGCGCGCAGAGGAGAAGAAACUGCAGAACGAGCGCAUGGAGCGCAAGCAGACACAGCGCGAGCACCUGCUCCUGCAGUCGGAGGAUACGAUCCAAGACCACCAGCGUAACCUGGAGGAUGAACUGCGGCAGCGCUGGAGCAUGUACCAGAUGGAGGUGAUCUUUGGCAAGGUCAAGGACGCCACCGGCGUUGCAGAAACGCAUUCGGUGGUGCGGCGGUUCCUGGCCCAGGGCGACACCUUCACGCAGUUGGAGACGCUCAAGAAAGACAACGAGCAGGCGCUGGUGAAGCUGAAGCAAGAGAAGCAACGGUUGCAGCGAGAGCUCGAAGAGCUCAAGUACUCUGGGGACUCCAAACUGGUGAGCCAGCAGAAGCAGCUUGCGGAAAUGCAGGAGCGCCUCAAGACGGAGGAGGAGCGGCGCGCCAUUGCACAAGAACAGCUGGAGCGUACCCUGCGAACCAUGCAAAUUGCCAAGGAGAGCCUCCAGCAUCUGGCCAACAAGCUGAAUCAUGUCACAUUGGAGGACAGCCGUUACUCCGAAGAGGAGUUAGAUCCCGAAGCAAGUGACUACUUGCUGAGCUUGCUGGGCAUCGUGGAGGAAAAGCUGCUGAAACUACAGGGACAGCUGGAGAUCCACGACGUGCCUGACAUGCUGCGCCACAUCGCUGAUCGAGAGUUCCUUGCAAGCUUAGAAGGAAAACUACCCCAGUAUAACACCCGCAUCCCCCUGCCACUGGCUAGUUCCAAGGACAAGUUCUUCGACGAAGAGGAGAGUGAAGACGAUGACAACGAUGUGGCGACCCGCGCUGCGUUCAAGAUAAGUUCUCAGAAAUUAAUCGAAACCCGAAGCAAGAAGCGCAGUCGUUCGCGGAAGUCCUAG